AUGAUCUCAUAAAUUGCGAAUAAGAAUUGGUCUGCUACAGAUAAAGAAACCUUCAAAAUAAUUUUGAAUACAUAUAAUCUCAAAUAAGAUUAAUUAUCAAUAUUACAAAAACAAAUAGAAGAUUUUUAAAAUCCAGAGACUAUUAUCAAUUGUCUUCUUUAAUCUGAUUAAUAAUGGGAUAAUUUUUAAUCAAAAAUUAAAAAGGAGAUUCCAACAUAAGUUAAGAAAAAACAUAAACAAUAAGAAAUAUAAUCGGAAGAUUAAUUGAUAAAAUUGAAAAAUGAAUUAUUCAAAUAAAUAAAAAGUAAGAAGGAUGUUAAUUAUCUUAUCUAAUAUAUCUAUUAAGAAAAUUUAAAUUAAUAUAUUUUAGAUAAUGUUUUAAUGAGUGAAUUUGGCUCGAUUGAUGAAUUUAAAACUUUAGUUGAAGUAUUUUAAUAGAAAAGUUAAAUAGAAACAAGAAAACAAUAUUAAAAGGAGCAAAAAGUCUAAAAUGAUUAUGAUGAUGAUUUAAAUUAAAGACAUUAAGAGAAUUAAGGAUAUUAAUAGAAUUAAGGAUACAUAUAGAAUCAAGGAUUUAUGUAUAAUCAGGAAUAUACAUAGAAUUAAGGAAAUUAAUAAAAUAAAGGAUAUAUAUAGAAUUAAGGAAAUAAAAAGAACUAAGAAGAUUUAUCAGACUAAGAUUAUUUUUGGAAUCAACAAUAUAUUAUAAAUCCAGCAAGCAGAAGGAAUAUUAAUAUAAGUUCAGAAAAUUAAUAAAUUUAAGAUCUUUUUACAGAAUUUUAAUCGUUAAAUAAUAGAGGUAAUUAACAAGUGUAGAAUUUACUUUUAAAAUUAUAUAAUUCCUUUAAAAAUCAAUAAAAAGUGCCUAUUGUAUAAGAUUUUAAAGUGUCUCCAUAAUUAGAGUAUGAAGAUUUACAAUAUUUAUGUAUAAAAGUAAAAGAGCUUUAUCAAUAUUAUCCAAGGCCAGCUUAGUUAUUAUCUGUAAUAGAAUUAUAUAAUCAUGAUAUAAAUAAGGGACGAUUAGCUUAAAUAUAUACAGGAGAGGGAAAAACUGUAAUUAUUGCUAUGUUGGCAAUAUUAUUGUGUAGAAAGAGAAGAAGGAAUGUAGAUAUAGUAACGAGUUCUCCUGUAUUAGCAAUUAGAGAUGCUUAAGAUUUAGAUUCAUUUUAUAAGUUGUUUUAAGUAUCUGUAUCUCAUAAUAUAAAUGGAUCAGAGAAUUAGAAAGAGAAAAUGUUUCCUUGUUAUAAGUGUCAAGUCAUAUAUGGAGAACCACAUAGUUUCUAAGCAGAUAUAUUAAGACAUGAAUAUUAGGAAUUAGGUACUAUGGGUGAUAGGUAAAGUGGAUAUAUUAUUGUUGAUGAAGUUGAUUCUAUGUUAAUUGAUGGCAAUAGUAAUAAAACUUUAUUAAGCUCUUCUACACCAGGAAUGCUUGAUUUUAAAAAAGUAUUUCAAUUAAUAUGGGAUGAAAUUUGUAAAUAGGAGCAAAAUCUUUUAACUAAUCUUAAAAUUUUAAUUCCAGCUUAAGGUUCUGGUUUGGAUAAAGUUGUUGAUUUAAGCGAAUAUGUUGAAAAAACACUGAAGAUAUAGUAAGAUCAAAUUCUUAAGCAUAUUCUUCCUCAGAGUAACUUAAAUUAUAUUUCAUUUAUGCUAAAGACAUGGAUUGAAAGUGCUAUUUUAGCAAAGUUUAAACUGCAAGAAAAUAAACAUUAUAAAAUUGAUAAUAAUGCUGUUCGAAUAAUUGAUUUUGAAAAUACGGGAGUUGUACAUAAAGAUAAUACAUAAUGGCAAAAAGGAUUACAUUAAUUUAUUGAAUUGAAGCAUAAUCUUACUUAAACUACAUUAAGAAUUUGUACUAAUUAUAUUUCUAAUAUUACAUUCUUCAAAAGAUAUAAAAAUUAAAUUUUAGGUCUUACUGGUACAUUGGGAUCAUAAGUCACAUAGAAUUUAUUAGCCAAAAUGUACAACGUGGAUUUCGUAUUGAUGCCUCCUUAUAAGAAAAGAUUAUUGAAAGAAGAGCCAGGAAUAGCAACGAUGAAUCAUCAAGAAUGGUUAAAGGAGAUAUUAUAAACUGUUUAAAAAUAGUUAAAUAAAAAGAGGGCUGUUCUAAUAAUAAAUUAAACGAUUAAGGAUGUGUAUGAAAUUGAAGCAUAUUUAAAGAAAUCAAAUAUUAGAUCUAUUACUUAUUUUGAUGAUAGUUAGUAUGUUAAUAGAGAUAUAGGAUCUAAUACAGUUAUAAUAGCAACAAAUUUGGCUGGAAGAGGAACAGAUUUAAAUACAAGUGAAGAAUUAGAAAGAAAUGGAGGUCUUCAUGUGAUAAUGUCAUUUUUACCUCGAAAUAUUAGAAUAUAACUUUAAGGAUUUGGGAGAACUGCAAGGUAAGGAAAAUAAGGUACAGCUUAAUUGAUUGUAAAUUUUGAAUAAAAUUUAUAGAGUGGAUUAUUAAAUGGAAUUCAUUCAAUUAAGGAUGCAAUAAAUUAUUAUUAACAAUCUACAAAAAAGAAAUAAAACUUUAAUAAUUUAGAUGUUUUAAUAUAUUUUAGAGAUUCAAAUGAAUAAUAAUAUUCAAAUGAAAUAGAAAAUGAGAUGGAUAGAUUAUUGAAAGAAGACAUAUGUUUUUAAAGGUUUUGUUAAAUAGCAAAGAGUAAGAUAAAUAUGAAAGAAAAUAGAGCAGCAUUUAAAAUUUUAGAAGAGAAAUGGGGUAUAUAUUAUGAACAACAUCAACAAUAAGGACUGAAUAUAAAUGAUAUGGAGUAAUGGUUAAAUUCAGAUGAAGGAGAAAAUCAUAAGCAUUAUAUAUAUUAAGGAUUAUAAUAAUAAGAUAUAAACUUGUUAUAGAAAGCAGUUCAAAUUUAAGAACAAGAUCCUUUUGGUUUAUAUUACCAUUCAAUGAUUAAAUUGUAAAAUAUGUUAAAUCAGGACAAUUAAAAAUAAAAGGAAGAUUGGUAUGCUGUUAUAGAUUAAUUGUCAUAAUCAAAAAUAUAGCUUUAAAAAAAAAUUGAUAAUGAAAAAGGAUUAGCAACAGCAAUUUAAUUAAAUUAAAUGUAGAUAAAAUAAUUUGAAAAAUUACCUUAUCCUGUUUCUUAACAUUCAGAAAAUUAAAUUAUUUAAUAAAGCACAGAAUUGCCCAAAUAAGAUUACAUAACUAAAGCUUAAGAAAGUGAGUAUAAAUCAAUGGUAAAUAACAAUAAAAACUAAAAGCCUAAAAUUGAUUCUGUAUAAAUAUAAAUUAAGGUUUAUGAGAAAGUGAUAAGUAGUAUUGAUUAGAUAGUGAGUGCAUUAUCAUAAUCUGAAAAGAUUCAAGGAUUAUAAGUAACUUGGGAUUCAUUAAUAGAAAAAACAGAUAAUAAUAAUACAAAUGAAAAUGAAUAUGAAAAUGAAUAUGAAAAUGAAGAUGAAAAUGAAAAGAUAAAAAAAAAUGAAGAAAAAAAAAUAGAAAAAGAAACUAAUAAAAUAAUUGAAGAUAUAAUUUAAGAUGGACCUUUACCAGUAAUAGCUCGAAUAACAAAAGAUUAAUAAAAAAAUAAAUUUUAAUAUGUAGCAAUGUUUGCAAUAGGAUUAGGUUAAUUUGUUGUUGGAUGUGCAAUAUGUUAUUUUACAUGUGGAUUUUCAACGCCAAUUGGUAUUAAUUUUAUAUCUGAAGGAAUAAAAGAUAUGCUUUAUUCAUUUUAAGCAGCUUGGAAAUAAAUAGAUAUAGAUUGGGGAGCUUGGGGAUAAGAUAAAGUUAUUAGUAUAGCAACUUCAUUAACUUUAGCAGGAUUAGUUGGUAUUUAAGAAGCUUUUACACUUGGUAAAAUUGCAUGGAAAUCUUUAGCAGAAAUUGGAAUUAAGGAUUAUUUACAAUUAAUUCCACCUAUUACAGCUCAAAAUCUCUUAAAAAUAGGAUUUUGGUUAACAGACUUAGAAAGAAUUGCCAUUUAAGGUAAAUAUGAUACAUUAAGAGAUGUAUCCAUAGCUGCAAAAAAUGCUAUUAGUAAUAAUAAUAUAUAUUUUAUGGCACAAUAAAUUAUGGAAAAAUAAAAAAAAGCAGGUUCAAUAUCUUCAGAAACUGCUUAAGAUCUUUUAGGUUUUGUUAAUUUGGUUUUGUAAUCAUCUGAAGGAAAUACAGAAUAAUUUAAAAAAAGUUUUUAUUAAUCUGCUUUAAAUUAUAUUCGUUUAUAAAUGGCAAAAGGCAGAUUAGAAUAAGAUUAAAUUUAAUUGAAAUAAGAUAUUGUUUUUUCAUGUUCUUAAGAAGGUCAAAAAAAAUUUAAUAAUGUUUAAACAGAAAUUGCACAAUAUGAUCAAUAUUAAAAGACACUUAUUAACGAGUUAAAUUAUUUAUCUAAAAUUAUUAUAGAUUUUUAUUCUAAAGAUUAUGAAAUCCUUAAAAUGCAAUAUUUUAUUGAUCUUUGUUAUGAAAAUUCUACUGAUAAAUCUAAAAUAUCUAAAGUCAUUACAGAAGAUAUAGUUAAAGAUCUCAUUAGUUAAGGUUUCAGUAUGAAAAAUAAAAAUAUUUAAAAAGAAUCUCUUAAUCUCUAAAUUAACAAUCCAUAAAAUAUUAAUAAAUUUUAUUAAAAAUUUAUUAGACCUAAAAUUCAAAAGCUUUGCUCUUAAUUAUAUUCUAAAUUAAAAUAUAUUGAACCAUUAGAAUAUCUUUUACAAAAGGAGUUUAAAAAUUUAUUUGAUAGCAAGAUAUAGUAAUUACAAUAAUUUCAGGCUGAUGUAAUUAAUCAACAAGAAAAAAUUGAGUAGUAAGAAGAAUUCAUUAAAGCCAAAGGUUAAAAUGCAACUCAAGCUGAAAUUAAUAAUUUAAAUUAAGUAUAAGUAUUAUGUUAUUUUAGAAAAUUGAAAAUUUCAAUCUUUUAGCUUAAAGAUUAAAAUAAUAAAAUAAUUUCUUAAAAGAUAUACAAAAUUUACAAAUUCAAUAACUUUUGGAAAACAUAAUUCGCCAUAUGAAAAAUAGAAAACACAUCAAUGAUGAUGGCAUAACAUAUUCUUAAUCUAUUUUCUAAGAAAUUAAUUUAUACUUAAUUAAAUAAAAUUUUAGCUAAGAAUUGAAAUUAAUAAUCGAAGAAGCUAUGAAAGAAAGUCUAUAAAAAUUAUCUUAAUUCAUAUCGAAUUAAAACAAAUUUUUAUCAUCAAAGAUAUAAAAAGCAAUCGAAAUAGAAAUUGUUGAGGUAGUGAAAUUCAUCUUUGAAAAAAAAAUGUCACAAGUUGAUCAUAAUAUUAUGGAUAAAAUAGAUUGA